AUGGGGAAUACCCAGGGGAAACCGGUGAAUUGCAACGAUGCAGUCAACCUCAAUCAUUUUCGACUCCUGCGAGUUGUUGGAAAAGGCGCAUUUGGAAAGGUACGAAUCGUCGAAAGGAAGGACACAGGUCUUACAUUCGCUCUAAAAUAUAUUCGCAAAGAGGAAGUGGUUCGUUCGGAAAGCGUACGAAAUAUAAUUCGUGAACGGAGAAUGCUGGAGCACCUGAACCAUCCAUUCCUUUGCAACUUGAGAUACAGUUUCCAGGACAUGGAGUACAUCUAUAUUGUGGUUGAUUUAAUGAAUGGCGGCGAUCUUCGAUUCCAUAUCUCCCGGAAAUGCUUCACAGAGGAUGCGGUGCGGUUUUGGAUGGCGGAGUUGGGGUGUGCUCUGAGGUAUAUCCAUUCGCAGGGCAUCAUUCAUCGAGAUUUAAAACCAGACAACGUCCUAUUGGAUUCCGAUGGACAUGUUCACUUGGCUGAUUUUAAUGUGGCAUCGGAUUACCGACCGGGGAAGCCUCUUACAAGCAAGUCUGGCACACUAGCUUAUCUAGCUCCUGAAGUCUACGAAGGUACUGGUUAUACCUUUGAGGUCGAUUGGUGGUCAUUAGGUGUCACUUUUUAUGAGUGCAUUUACAAUAAGCGACCAUUUGAGGGCCGAAGCCAAGAAACACUGAGCGAGAACAUCAAAAAGGCGCAGCCAAAAUACUACGUCACCAACCCUGCCGUAUCAGUAGCUUGUUUGCGGGCGUUGGGAUCAUUGAUGCAAAAGGAUCGGAGUCAACGAAUUGGCGCUAUCAGCUUUGAGAGCUAUACCUCACACAUGUUCUUCAACGAAAUCGACUUCAACGCGCUGGAGCGCAAACAGAUCCCGCCAGUAUUCGUCCCAUCAAGCGACAAAACCAACUUCGACGCGACCUAUGAUCUGGAGGAACUGCUUCUUGAAGAAGCGCCCUUGGAAGCCAGAGCGCGCCGGCAAAAGCCGCGCGCUGAACUAAGGGAUGAUGCCACCGCAAAAGAAAUUCGAGAUGAUGAGCUUCAUCGCCUCAUUGAAACAAUGUUUGAACCGUUUGACUACACCCAAACCAGCUACCAAGGCAAUGCCGCUGAAGCUAUUGCUGCUGUAAUAAAUCCUGAGGAGUGCUUCCCAAUGGCCACCACAACUCAAGGGAACAUCACAACACCAGCGAACCCAACCGUACAUGCUCGUCAAUUCUCACAGCCCGACCCGUCUAAAAAUACAUCUCCUAUCCAAGCUGACGGCUCGCAAUACCGUGCUCCACCAAGCUCCAUCUUCCCCAUCAACCCGCGUGUCCCCUUCACCGCCGCCUGCCCCGUCUUUCCACCGACCCCUACCCCCAACCACAACAGUCGACACCGCGGUGCCACCCGUCAAAUGAGCAAAAGUGGAGGCGUACAAAUGGUUCUGAACGAACAUGGUAGCUGGAGUGAGCUGGCCCAUAACGCCCUUCCCGCUGACGGAAUGGAAAAUGGUGAUGACAAGGGCAAACAAGCCAAUGGCAUGCUAUCAUUCUUCAGUCGAAAGAAGGGCCGCGACCGCAGUCCCAAGCCGACUGAGCCAGGUGUUCUGGGCAAAGAGGGAGCCAGGCAGAUCAUUAGCUGA